AUGUCCAGAGACAAAUACCAGCGUAUCUUGUCCAAGUCUCCCAGCAGAUCGUUGACCAACGGCAUGGGGUACCAUGAGUGCGUCAAACUGUUUACCAACCGGUGGCCAAUGAAGUGCCUGAUGUCGACGCAAUUCCUGAUUAUCGCAACGAUCGAUGAC